CAGCCACACAAUUGCAUUUACCAAAACAAGAAGAUCAUGCAGCCGAGAUUUCCAAUACUAGCUUCUGCUUGAUUUGCCGACUAAUAACAUUUCUACAGUAGUUAGUCUUCACCUUCAUAUUAUGUAUAUAAUACCAAGUGUUGCUAUGAAUUUCAUUCAAGCGUGUUUGGGUAAUAGCAAAAUACCUAUACAGUAGCAAUGAUCUCUUUCACAGUCUUUGUUUUCCUUACACUCUUGUUCACUUUGUCAUUGGUUAAACAGCUGAGAAAGCCUACUGCAGAAAAGAGAAGACUACUACCUCCAGGACCAAGGAAACUACCCUUCAUUGGCAACCUCCACCAGCUUGGUACGUUGCCACAUCAAUCCCUUCAAUACCUUUCAAAUAAGCAUGGACCUCUCAUGUUCUUGCAGCUGGGUUCAAUACCCACCUUGGUAGUUUCCUCUGCUGAGAUGGCCAGAGAGAUUUUCAAAAACCAUGACUCAGUUUUCUCUGGCAGGCCUUCGCUAUACGCUGCAAACCGUUUAGGAUACGGUUCAACCGUGAGUUUUGCACCGUACGGUGAGUACUGGAGGGAAAUGAGGAAGAUCAUGAUCUUGGAGCUGCUGAGUCCGAAAAGGGUUCAAUCGUUUGAAGCUGUGAGGUUUGAAGAAGUCAAACUUCUGCUUCAGACCAUAGCUCUUUCUCAUGGUCCUGUUAACUUGAGUGAACUUACCCUUUCGUUGACCAACAACAUUGUGUGUCGUAUUGCUCUUGGUAAAAGGAACAGGAGCGGGGCAGAUGAUGCAAAUAAGGUUUCUGAAAUGCUUAAAGAGACACAGGCGAUGCUGGGAGGAUUCUUUCCCGUUGACUUUUUUCCACGGUUGGGGUGGCUCAACAAGUUUAGUGGCCUUGAAAAUAGGCUUGAGAAGAUUUUCAGAGAAAUGGAUAACUUUUAUGACCAAGUGAUUAAGGAGCAUAUUGCUGAUAACUCUUCUGAGAGGUCAGGAGCAGAACAUGAAGAUGUAGUCGAUGUGCUUCUUCGAGUUCAGAAGGAUCCAAAUCAAGCAAUUGCCAUCACUGAUGACCAAAUCAAGGGUGUACUCGUGGACAUCUUUGUAGCGGGAACUGACACUGCUUCGGCCACGAUAAUAUGGAUAAUGUCUGAGCUUAUUAGGAAUCCAAAGGCAAUGAAAAGAGCACAAGAAGAGGUAAGAGAUCUUGUCACAGGAAAAGAGAUGGUAGAAGAAAUUGAUCUCUCAAAGCUCUUGUACAUCAAGUCAGUUGUUAAAGAGGUAUUAAGACUCCAUCCCCCUGCGCCAUUACUUGUUCCAAGAGAGAUUACAGAGAAUUGCACGAUCAAAGGGUUUGAAAUCCCAGCCAAAACAAGGGUUCUUGUUAAUGCAAAAUCAAUAGCAAUGGAUCCAUGUUGUUGGGAGAAUCCAAAUGAGUUCUUACCUGAGAGGUUCCUAGUUAGUCCAAUAGAUUUUAAAGGACAACACUUUGAGAUGUUGCCGUUUGGGGUUGGUCGAAGGGGUUGUCCUGGAGUGAACUUUGCCAUGCCAGUUGUUGAGUUAGCACUUGCAAAUCUUCUGUUUCGUUUUGACUGGGAACUGCCUCUUGGACUUGGAAUACAAGACUUGGAUAUGGAAGAAGCAAUUGGUAUAACCAUACACAAAAAAGCUCAUCUUUGGCUGAAAGCCACUCCCUUUUGCGAGUAGUACUUUUUUCCAUAAUUAAAAAUGGUCAUGUUUAUGUCAUAGAAAAUAAUAAAUAUGAUUUGGUUAUUAAAAAUUACAAUAAAAAUGCACUAAUAAUGUUUACAUUUUUUCCAUAAUUCUUUAGUUUUUAUCAUUAUUUUUUGUAUUAAAAUUUUAGAUUAAAAGAAAGCACACCUUCUUCCAAGA